UGGUAGUUAACCGUUAAUUAUGCAUUUCUCUGUUUUGAUUUCGGUGCAGCUAUUGUCGCUUGCCGUUUUGAUUCCCGUCGUCGUUCCCCUUCUUCAUUCCCAUACAAACCCUAAAAUAAUCCCUCAAAUCCCAAUUCGGCCAAAUUGACAAGAUUCCAUUGACGCAAUGUCCAAUUCGAUUCUUCUUCUUCUAGUUCUUUACCCUGCAUUGAUGUGUAGCUUCGUGAAUUCAAUGCGGUUCGAGCUGAAAUCUGGUCAAGCCAAGUGCAUGUCCGAGGACAUCAAGAGCAAUGCCAUGACCGUCGGCAAGUACUCCGUCAUUAAUCCCAACGAAGGGUACCCGAUUCCUGAUUCUCACAAGAUCACUGUCAGGGUGCGUUCGCCUUAUGGGAACAAUUAUCACUUUGGAGAUAAUGUGGGUUCUGGAACUUUUGCAUUUACUGCAGCUGAGGGUGGUGACUACACAGCUUGUUUUUCGGUACAAACUGAUCACAAUCCUACGUUUAAUGUGGUCAUUGAUUUUGAUUGGAGAACUGGGGUUGCUGCCAAGGACUUGUCUAUGGUUGCCAAGAAAGGGCAGAUUGAAGUAAUGGAAUUUGAGUUAAAGAAGUUGUAUGAAACUGUCACAUCAAUCCAUGACGAGAUGUUUUAUCUUCGUGGAAGGGAGGAAGAGAUGCAAGAUCUUAACAGAGCGACUAACACCAAGAUGUUUACCUUCACUUUCCUUUCAAUUUUGGUUUGCUUGUCUGUGGCUGGUUUGCAACUAUGGCAUUUGAAGACUUUCUUUGAGAGGAAGAAGCUCCUCUAAGAUCCUUCACCCCAAUUUUGUUCAUUUGGUUAGCUCGGUUCUUAUUUCCAGUUGAUCGGCUGUUCCUAAUGUAUCUCAUACGUGAUUUAGAUAAUGUUUUUCUUUGAUAAUUUAUAAUGAUAAUUAGAACUCGC